AAGAGAGAAAGGCGAGAGAGAGAGAGAGAGAGAGUAAAACUGUAUAUAUAGACAAUCACAUAAAGAGAGAGAGGAGAGAGAGAGUGGCUACGGUAGUUUAUUGUUUGGGACUUGUAGGAGUAGGAGGGAAAAGGGGAAGUGGAGAAGAUGAUAAGAUAAGAAGUUUUCACUGCAACCUACACAAGUGAAACACAUAUCUAUUCUAGAGAGGGAAACAAGUUCUCAUUUUUCUCUGCGGAUAGAGAGCGAGAGAGAGAGAGGCUUGAACAAUCAAUGGGUUUGACAGAGGGAGCUCCCGAAGUGGCUGCACCUGCACGCCCAAUAACAAUCACUCUGCCACCUCGCUCCUCUUUCGAAGGCGUCUUUUCCGGUGGAGCCGGACCCGGAUUCAGUCCCGGUCCGAUGACCCUAGUCACCAACUUCUUCUCCGACCACUAUCCUGACUCCGAUUGCCACUCCUUCUCUCAGCUCCUUGCCGGGGCCAUGGCUUCACCAGUCGCAGCCUUUGCUGGUUCAGAAUCCAGCUUUUUAGCCCAUAAUUCGACUGAUAGUUCUCUAAAAGAAGCAAAUUCUGAAGAUAGAAGUGAGAACAAAGUGGGGUUUAAGCAAAAUCGGCCGAUGAGUUUGGUGGUUGCUCCGUCACCGAUGUUCUUGAUCCCUCCUGGCUUGACUCCUUCUGGGUUGCUCAACUCUCCUGGGUUCUUUUCACCGCUACAGAGCCCUUUUGGAAUGUCUCACCAGCAGGCCUUGGCACAUGUUACAGCUCAGGCUGCUCUGUCCCAGUCUUAUACGCCCACUCAAGCUGAAUAUCAGCCUUCCUCAGUAGCACCGUCUUUAUCAUUGGCACAAGAUCCUAUUGAAACGACACAACAAGAGACUCAUCCCAUAGUGUCAGGCUCUGAAAGUUCCAAGAUGGAAACAUUAGAGGUUUCACAAUCUGAUCGGAAACUUGUACCUGCUCCCCUUGAUAAACCGGCUAAUGAUGGUUAUAACUGGCGGAAAUAUGGGCAGAAGCAGGUCAAGACGAGUGAGUACCAUCGGAGCUAUUAUAAAUGCACAUAUCUCACUUGCCCUGUCAAGAAGAAAGUUGAGCGUGCCACUGAUGGUCAAAUAACUGGGAUUGUUUAUAAGGGUGAGCACAACCACGAGCUGCCUCGAUCCAAUAAACGUGUUAAAGUUGGUGAUGUGGAGGGAACUACGAACUCUCAGAUGGAGUCUGAACUUGGUUCACAAGUUCAGACAGAAAAGAGCAAGUCAAAAGAAGCAUUACCCUCUCAGUCAGUGCCCAGAAAGAAUCAGGUAUCCACCCAGUCGACAUCCGAACAGUUACCUGGAUUAAGUGACAGGGAAGAAAUGGAUGAUGCUGAAAUGAUAAUCAAUGAUGGGGGUGAUGAACCGAAUUCCAAGAGAAGGAACACACAGAUGGGGGCAUCUGAUCUAGCUUUGUCACAUAAAAUGGUCACAGAACCAAGAAUCAUUGUGCAGACAAGAAGUGAAGUUGAUCUUUUGGAUGAUGGGUUCAAGUGGCGAAAAUAUGGGCAGAAAGUGGUCAAGGGAAAUCCUCAUCCAAGGAGCUAUUACAGAUGCACUUUUGUGGGGUGCAACGUGCGUAAGCAUGUCGAGAGGGCUUCAACAGACCCCAAAUCUGUGAUAACUACAUAUGAAGGAAAACAUAGUCAUGACAUCCCGGCAGCCAGAAACAGGAUCCACAGCACAGCCAGUGGCGAUGGAUUGCAGUCAAAACCGAAAAAAGUGGUGCAUGGGGAACCUGCCCUACAUGUUGAACUAGAUUUCGGAAGCAAAGACCAAAGACAAGUCCUGUUACAGCUAAAAGAAGAGCAAAUCGCAGCAUAAAUAUAUCUGCUAUUACGCUAUCUGUAAGAUCAAAGGUAGGAUUUGAGCUUGCCUGUUUGCUAACUUAGGACAAGGUGGGACAAUGAAAACGAUGAUAUCAUUUGGAAGCUUAUUGAAAAUGUAUGUCAAUAGUAGAUGUUGUAUGGUUGAAUUCCAAGGUGUGGUGUGUGUGUCUACGCACUUUUGUCUAUUUUAUGUGGUGUGGGAAGUAUAUGUACAAUUAUUGUUCCCUCCUACUGUCCUACAACAGUAUUUUCUGUAUACUUAUAAUUUGAGUUGCCAUCAUUUCG